AUGCCAUUUGUAGAAGUGGAGAGGAUCGACUGGCGAUUGACGGAGGAGACGACCCGGGUCCUUGCUAAGGAAGCCCAAAAGAAGGCCCUCUUGGAUGCAAUUGAGAAGGCUGCUGUUUACGCAGAGGUGGCUGGCCGACAAGUUUUUUCUGGUGGUCAGGGAGGAGGAGGAGGAGGAGGAGGCACGGGCAGCAUUGAUUUGGAGCCGCAGGAGAUUGUUCUAUCCUCUUCGAUCAAGACGAUAUUCGCCACGACAGAAUGGAAAAAGCCAAUUUCCCUCUCCCUCUACUGA